AACUAACAAAGCUACGUGGAUCACCCGAUCCUACAAAGCUUCUCUCCUUGCUCCCGGUAUGAUUUCCGCUUGGUUUGGUUGUUUUGGCCAUCGUGGGUCUUCUUCUCUCCCUUCUUCUUUCACACCCUUUCUAUUCUGAUUUUCCCACGCAAUAAACAAACCUCCCGAUUCAGAUCCGUCCUAAAAGGUUUCACAAUUGGAAAGUACAUAUAAUAGCUAUUGAACACCUUUUUUUUUCCCGUUUGAGAUCAAGGACCUGUGGAGUAAAUAACUAAGUAGACGAAGAUGUUUGGUACAACUAAUCCUUUUGGGCAAUCAUCAAGUAGCCCAUUUGCAUCCCAAUCUGUUUUUGGGCAGACCAGUGCAAGUAGCAAUCCAUUUGCACCUAAACCUUCCUUCGGUAGUCCAAACCCUUUUGGUUCCCAAACAGGGGGUUCUGUAUUUGGAGGUACUUCUACUGGAGUGUUUGGUGCGGCCCAAUCUUCUUCUCCCUUCUCCUCAACAACCACCUUUGGUGCCUCUUCAUCUCCAGCUUUUGGUUCAUCUACUCCCACUUUUGGCAGUUCAUCAUCAUCUUUUGGUGGGUCUUCUGUUUUUGGUCAGAAGCCUGCAUUUGGCUUUGGGUCAAGUCCCACCCAAUCAAAUCCUUUUGGAAGCACAAAUCAGCAAUCACAGCCUGCAUUUGGUAGUGGUAUAUUUGGUUCCUCCACACCUUUUGGUUCAACUCAGUCAGCGUUUGGUUCUAGUCCUGCCUUUGGUUCCACUAGUAGCCCGGCUUUUGGUGCGACAAGCACCCUUGCGUUUGGCGCCUCAAGCACUCCAGGUUUCGGUGCCACAAGCACCCCUGCGUUUGGUGCCUCAAGUACCCCUGCUUUUGGUGCCACAAGCACCCCCGCGUUUGGUGCCACGAGCACCCCUGCAUUUGGUUCAACUGGAAGUCCAGCAUUUGGGAGCACUGGAACUGCAUUUGGUGUGUCAAAUGCCCCAGUCUUUGGAACUGGAGGUACAUUUGGGUCAUCAAGCUCACCUGCGUUUGGCACUUCCACAACUCCUGCUUUUGGAGCUUCAAGUUCUGCUUUUGGGGGUUCAAGCACUCCUGCUUUUGGAGCAUCUUCUACUCCAUCAUUCAGCUUUGGGUCUAGCCCAGCUUUUGGCCAAUCAGCGCCAGCAUUUGGAAGUAGUCCAUUUGGAACAACCUCAUUUGGAGCCCAGAGUUCUCCUUUCGGAAGUCAAUCUUCUGCCCCAGCAUUUGGAAGCACUAGUCUCGGCCAGUCUCCUUUUGGAGGUCAACGAGGGGGAAGUAGAGUAGCUCCUUACACACCUACAACUGAUGCAGAUAGUGGGAGUGGACAGCCAGGUGCAAAGUUGGAGUCAAUUUCAGCAAUGCCUGUUUAUAAAGAUAAAAGUCACGAGGAGCUGAGAUGGGAGGAUUAUCAAUUAGGAGAUAAAGGUGGACCGCAGCCAGCUGCUCAGGCUACUGGAGGGAUUGGAUUUGGUGCGUCAACUGUAUCUACAAGUCCUUUUGGUUCUUCAACAUUUGGCCAAACAUCUGCAAAUCCUUUUUCCAGCUCAAGUACCAACCCAUUUAGUUUAAAACCUCCAUCCUUCAAUAGUACCGGUUUUGCAACCUCGACUACUACAUCAAACCCCUUUCAACCAACAUCAUCAAGCCUUUUUGGCCAAGCUUCUUCAACUUCAUUAUUUAGUUCAUCAUCUACUCCUACAUUUGGAACCGGUUCAUCACUUUUUGGCUCAUCUGUUACUCCUUCAUUUUCAUCUUCACCGUCCAUUUUUGGUACUGGUGCAGCUCCAGCAACAACUUCAGCAUUUGCCACAGGCUCAAAUUUUGGCAGCAGUCAGACAUCACCCCUGUUCAAUUCUUCCCCUGCAAUUGGACAGGCAGGCAAUGCUUUUGGCCAGAUGACCUCUACCUUUGGACAGAAUACUGGUAACUUCGGUCAAACAAGCAUUUUCAACACACCUUCCACUGGAUUUAGUGGGAAUAUGUUUUCAAGCUCACUAUCAUUGGCUCCUAGCAACCCAGCGGCCUUCGGCCCAACAACUCCGUCUUUUGCUUCACCUUUUCAACCAGCUCAGACCAGUGGUGCUUUCAGCUUUAGCAAUUUUGGUCAGACACAACCAGGUGGCGGAUCAGGCAUUUUUGGUCAGAGUAAUAUUGGCCUAUCGUAUGUGUCUGCUACACAGACUGCUGCUGUAGUACAACCAGGGACUAUUAUAAACCCCUACGGAACACUCCCUGCAAUGCCUCAAAUGUCAAUUGGUCAGGCUGGGACUGCACCGUCUGUUCAGUAUGGAAUUUCCAGCAUGCCUGUGGUGGACAAACCUGCUCCUGCUAGAAUAUCGCCUUUAUUGACUUCUCGGUACCUUUCCCAAAGGCGGAUUAGGUUGCCUGCAAGGAAAUAUCAUCCUAAUAAUAAUGGUCCAAAGGUUCCAUUUUUCAAUGAUGAUGAAGAGACACCACACACACCUAAGGCUGAUGCUGUUUUUAUCCCUAGGGAAAAUCCAAGGGCUUUGAUCAUUCGUCCCACAGAAAGUUGGCCUUCAAGAGCUUCUGCUGAAAAGGCAUCUUCAUUGAAGGUUACAUCCGCUGCUGUGCAUGAGAAUGGCAAAAUUUCUGAUGGUAGCUCCAACGCUGAGGAUAAAAAUGAAAAUCCAGCCGAAAAUGGCCAUGUGAAGGAGCGAAUUCACCCAGUCAAAGGUAACCAGAAAGCUAAUGGAGUCCAUGACGAUCAUUCUGCUCAGAAAGAGUCAUACAUGACACUCAAUGGCCACAGAGCUGGUGAGGCUGCUAUUGUCUACGAGCACGGGGCGGACAUUGAGGCUUUAAUGCCAAAGCUUAGGCGGUCUGAUUACUAUACAGAACCUCGAAUCCAAGAACUGGCUGCAAAGGAAAGGGCUGAACCAGGGUACUGUCGGCAUGUCAAGGAUUUUGUGGUUGGACGACACGGUUACGGAAGCAUCAAGUUCCUGGGUGAGACAGAUGUGAGACGUCUUGAUUUGGAGUCCCUUGUGCAGUUCAACAACCGCGAGGUAAUAGUUUACAUGGAUGAUAGCAAGAAACCUCCUGUUGGACAAGGUCUCAAUAAGCCUGCAGAGGUAACACUUCUUAACAUCAAGUGUUUUGAUAAAAGGACAGGACAGCAGUAUACAGAUGGUCCAAAAAUCGAGAAAUAUAAGGAAAUGCUUAAAAGGAAAGCCAAGGACCAAGGAGCUGAAUUUAUUUCCUAUGAUCCCAUCAAAGGAGAGUGGAAAUUCAGGGUUAAUCACUUCAGCAGGUAUAAGUUGGAAGAUGAAGAUGAUGUCAAAAUGUGGGGUGUUGCAGAUAGCUGACCUGAGUUUUAGGAAGAUAGGGACAGUGUUUCCUUGAUGCUAAGCGUUGAAAGGAGUUUGUGCUGUUCCUUGUGUUUUGUGUCCUCACGAUGGGUGGUUUUGAAUUGUACAAAAAUUGCCAAAUUGUCGUAAAUGCAUGAAUUGUUGCCUUUCUCUUUCUUGCUUUUAUUUAUUUUUUAGUACAAUGAAAUCCAUAAUCUGGAGAUUAAAAAACCAAAAACACUUAAGAAUGUUGUUGGGGCUUGUAUUCAACUUUAUUAGAUAAUUUGAUUUCCUGUUAAUCAUUUAAUUAAA